ACACACAAUGUAAGAAUUGCUGUCACAUUCCAGCGCUUUGACGCAGAGUGGGAGGAAUACAUAGAUCUCGAAGAUGAUACCGACAAGGACGUUGUGGUAUCUCCUUUGCUGACUGACACUUCAAGGUGUUCAACAGAAGACACAGAAGACACUAAUGAGCUAGGUGACGUGUGUGGACCACCUGAUGAAUCGUUUCUGGCAUGCCAAUCAAGCCCUUCCUACCCUUCCUCAAUCGCACUCUACAAAAUCUAUACUCACUUAAUGACAGUUUGGUUCAAAAGCUUUUUUUAUGAGAAUGAUACCUCUGAUGAAUCUGAUCAGGGUGGGUCUGAUUUAGUCGAGAAAAAAGUCAAGAAAGAAGAAGUCAAGAAAGAGACAAACCUAGUCAAUGACAGUGACGAUGAACGGUUGCCUGAACCCUUUCCAUUACCAAAAAACUUAAUGACUACUUCCGCUAACAAAUCCUUCUUUUCAUCCAUUGCUGCCGCAAUGUUUCAAUACAAAAAAUACCCAGAUCAUGAUGAAAAGGCUAAUGUUGGCAGGCAGAUAGUGACGAAGUACCCAUUUCUUGCUACUGAGGCGUCAUAUACCUUAAAUGACAGGUUCAAGGAGUUACGGAAGAAAAGAGAGAAGGGUACAUUUUCAAUACCCGAUGUACCAGAAGGUGAAGAUGAUACUUCUUUUAAAAGGCACAACCGGUGUCUCCAGGCAGAGUGGAGUAAGUCCAGUCGAAAUGGCUGGUAGAACACCGAUGCUCGAGGACAAUAGUGAUGGUCAAAGCAGUAUAAAGAAAUAUAAAGAAAUAUCCUUUUUUGCAAGACUCCGCACAGUUGAUUAGAACGGAUUUCUAAUAUCGAAAAUAGAAAGUGAGUGGAACGGAAAAUGGGCCCCAUGCAUCAUCAAGCAGGCAGCAUUGGAGUCAGCCAGUCGAGCCACCGUAUCCGUUGUGUACGAGGAACUUCUUAAAUAAUUAUUAUACAAUCAUGUAAUCCUCUCGCUACAGAAUUGGGGAGGGGGAAUCACUGACAGCUCUUGCCAUCGUAUUCCAUCUCCUACCUGAUGUCAAGAGACUACAACAGGGUGAUUACUUUUAACCAGAUGUUCCAGUGCUCACAACAGUCAGACUUUAUAUAUCGAGAAAUCAAAGGCCAGUUUUCAGAUAACCAGAACAAGUACCAAAAAGUGACCAUGGAAGUGCACCGAAACAGUCCCCUCAAGUUCAAGUGGAGUAUUCAUUGAAGAUCAUUAACCGUCUUAUUCCAGGUGGUGCCGUGGAACGGUUCUCAGCAAGUGUCUUUCAUAGCAAACAGUCUUUCAUAGCAAACAAGAAUUGGAGGAGAAAAUUAUGUGUACUUUGGAAUCUGAGAAGCUCAUUAAAAGUACUGAUGGCGUACACAUAAUGCCUGGUCAUGGUUUCAAAGGAAAGCAGCAACUAGUUGAUAGUGAUGCUGAAUGUGGCAACAAUGUAUGACUCUUACAAAAAGAAAAAACCCCUAUAAUCAUUUGGGCAAAGAUAAAAGCACAUGCUCGAAAGCGCCUCUCUAUUUCUGAUGUAAAUUCUGGUGUACCCCCGAAGAAGAAAAAGCCUGAAGAGGACAAAAACAAACCUGCCCGCUACCAAGGCCAUUCGUCGAAAAUGGCCUCUAUUGUUGAUGAGCUAGAGGAAAAACACACUUCUGGAGAGUUUAGUCCUGAGCAACUUCGAGCCUUCAGCUAAACAAGCACGUAUCAUAUGACGAGCCUCCAGACAAGCCAUUCUUUCGCCAAUCAAAGUUGAAGAAACGAUCUACAUCACCUGCCUGCCAAACGAAUCACACUGACGUCUGAGCAUUGAUCAGCUUGAGAAAUGGCACAAGCUGAUGGAGCUAGGUGCUAUUACACAAGAUCAAUAUGUAGAGCAUAAGGAUACAAUCAUGAGUGACAUCAAGAAGUUUUGAGUGUAAUAUUAAAGCAAGAACAUUGUAAAGUAAUCAUGCUUAUGCAUAUCCACUAUCACUUAUCCAACGUAUACAUUGUUCUUUUGUGAUGUUGCUAAUACU